AAUUACAGAUAAAAAAAAGAACGCCACCAUAGUACGGUCCCUACAAGGUGAUGGGGGCGGUGGUGCAGCGGUUGUGGUUGCUCCGUUCGCAUACAGCUCCCAUAUCACUACUAAGGAGCUCAGAUACGACGUCGUUGGCGAGAUGUUUGAGCUCCAAAGCAGGGUCAGGGUGGUUUCGCGGGCUCGAAGGGAACAAGAAGUCGAAACUGCCCUCUAUUGUGAAAGCUGGAGAACCGGUACUGCACGAGCGUGCAAUGGAAGUGAAUGUGAAGGAGAUAAAGUCAGAAAGAGUGCAGAGUAUUAUCGAUGACAUGAUCAAGGUCAUGAGGAAAGCCCCUGGUGUUGGCCUGGCUGCUCCUCAGAUUGGAAUCCCCUUUAGGAUAAUUGUUUUGGAAGAUAAAGAGGAAUAUAUUGGUCUUGACACUAAGGAAGAGGCUGAAGCUCAAGAUAGAAGACCUUUUGAUCUCUUGGUUAUCUUGAAUCCUAAGCUAAAGAACAAGACCAACAGGACAGCCCUUUUCUUUGAAGGCUGCUUGAGUGUUAAUGGAUUUCUAGGUGUUGUGGAGCGUUACCUCGAUGUUGAGGUAUCGGGUUAUGAUCGUCAUGGUGAGCCUAUCAAAAUAAAUGCUACAGGUUGGCAGGCUCGGAUUUUACAGCACGAGUGCGAUCAUCUGGAUGGAACUCUCUAUGUUGAUAAGAUGCUACCUAAAACUUUCAGAACUGCCGAAAACCUGGACUUGCCUCUUGCCUGUGCCUGCCCAAAACUUGGUUCCCGCUAACCUCGCAGGGGGCUCAAGUUGAAUGGAGCUGCUGCCUCUGAUGAUCAGGCUGUCAACACAGGUUGGAUUUUAUUCUAAGAUUCAUUGGCUUAGAAAUAUUGUAUCAGUUUCAGAAUAAGUUUUGUUUACAUGUUGCAGUAAUUUCUCUUGCAAUAUGUUCAUUGUUUUUAUUUGAUUCACUAGAUAUAAGUUUGUUAUAGCUUACAUUAGAAAAGUUUUGGGAAAACUCUGAUGGUGUCUAUCUUCUCUAUAAGUUGUAUUCUUACAAUGUACUUGGAUUAUGUACUAUCACACUAUGGAAGUUUUUUGAUUUUUUUUCUUGGUGUUCUCCUUGUGAUCCUACGAGGAUGAAGUACUGUUUAGCACUCCAAUGCAUGAAAUUGGUAUAAUUUUUUUAAAAUUGUUUAUUGUUAGUUAAUGGAAAAAAAGAAGGGAAGG